UACGAGUUUUUAUCUCAUAAAUUUAGCAGAUAAAAAGUCAUAAAUUAAAGAAGAAAGCACCACAGUUGUCUGUUUAUCGGAGCCGUGGUCGACGAUGAGAGACGUGGAUCAUUUCGUGAAGCUUUAUUUUCGGAUAGGUUUCACAAACAAAGAAAUUCUUAACCUUUUGGCAACUCAAAAUCAAAUUAUUAUUAGCAUCAGGACAUUGAAAAGAAUAUGUCGAAAACUGGGCCUCUUCCGGCGGAAGCAUCAUACAGACUUGGAGGAGAUCUUGACUUUCGUGGAAGAAGAAAUGAUUGGAAGUGGACAGCUGCAGGGAUAUCGAUGGCUUCAUCAACGGGCACUACAGAGAGGUUUUGUUGUUUCUCAAGAGACAAUUAGAGCUCUGAUAAAGAUUUUGGAUCCUGAAGGGGUAGAUUUGCGUCGGGCACGCCGUCUGCGGCGUAGGCAGUAUACAUGCCGGGGUCCGAACGCAUUAUGGCAUGUGGACUCCUAUGACAAACUAAAGCCUUAUGGGAUUGCAAUAAACGGCUGCAUCGAUGGAUUUAGUCGUCACGUAAUGUGGAUGGGAGCAUAUACCACCAACAGCGACCCCAAAGUUAUUGCUGAUUAUUACAUCAACACAGUGUCGCGCGUUGGGGGAUGCCCUCAGCGCCUGCGAGCUGAUCCUGGGACAGAAAAUGCGCAUAUCAGAGAAAUGCAAAUGUUCCUCCGCAGACAUCAUGCAGACCAUCACGCCGGACAACAAAGCUUCAUCUAUGGUUCCAGCACCGCCAAUCAACGAAUUGAAUCAUGGUGGGGGAUCCUUUGGAAGCAGUGUGCUCAGUUUUGGAUGGAUAUUUUUCAAACCCUCAAAGAUGAUGGUCAUUUUACAGGCGACCUCUUGGACAAGAACCUGGUGCAGUUCUGCUUCCUCAAUUUAAUUCAGGAAGAAUUAAGGGAGGUUGUGAGAACGUGGAAUUUGCACCAGCUAAUGACCAGGCCUUCACAGAGUUUACUCAGAGGGCGCCCCAUCCUUCUCUACUGCAUGCCACAACUCUAUGGCGCAGAAGACAAGCUUCAGCUGGUGAACACAGAUGACAUUGCUGUGUGUAAGGAAGAAUGCACACCAAAAGGACAAUACCCUUGUGAUGAAACGAUAUUUGAACUCUGCAUACUGCUAAUGACUGAAAACAACUGGAAUGCUCCUGAAGAUGCCUACAGUGCUGUGGAACUGUAUUCCCACUUAAGAAAUGAAAUACUUGAUCAUCUUUAAUUAAGUCUCUAUGUCAGACAUAUUUAAGGUUCAGAUUCUUAAAAUAUAUGACUUAAAUCCAACAAAACAAAGUAAUAGUUCCACCAAUGCAAUUUAAUGUUCUGUUUAACGAUGUAAAGUUCUGUUUGUCUAAAAAGAUUAGUAAGUGUUACACUAAGUCCUAAAGCCAACUCUUUUACCUCGAAUAUUUUGUUAUGAGCCGGGUGACGGUUGAAAAAUGUAUUUUAAAUAUAUGUAUUUUUUUUGUAUAAAAUAUUGUAAGCUGCCCUGUAGCAAGUGAAAGUCUUGAAUUUGAAUUAUUGUGGGGGCUAGAAGGAGCUCAGCAGAAUACCCCCAGAGAUGACAAAACAUACGCUUACAAUAAAAGACAAAGCUCUCCUGCUGUAUGCACAGGCAAUUUUAUUGUUAAACUUUACAAAAACUUUUUCAUGUAAAUAAAUUACAUAACAAACAAUGUAAAAUGAAGAACAUGUGCUUUUUCUCAAAACUUUAAGACACUUCCCAGGUGAUUGUACUUGUCUCCUUCAGGAUGCAGAACGAGACCAAAAAAAUACUCAUA